CUGUCAAACAUCUGGAAUCCAGCCCCUCCCUUCCCCCGCGCCGAGGAAGGUGAAAAGCCCUCAACUUUCCUUUGAUGAUCCUCCUUGCCUCGGGACCCCUCUCGGAAUGGAAAGGGCCGACCCCCGGUGCCUGGCAAGUUUUUCUUUUUCCAAGUGGAUUUGGUGGUGGACUCUCUGAAGAUGUUGAAGGCCUGUGUGGACAUUUCAUAGAAGGCCUCCUUGAGGUACCUUUUCCCAGCCUUUAGGAAGAAACAUGAGGUUCUCUUGGAAACUAUUCAAGAGGAAGAUGGAAGGGGCCGUUUAAAAGCGAUUAAAACCUGCAGACCGCAAGACUGGGGCCAGAGGGCUGGCAGUGGAAAACCCUGCUGGGUUGUGACCUCUCACUGAAAAGUUCCAGGUGCCUUUUUGCUUCCUGCAAAAGAAAAGAAGAGAAGGAAAAGACCAUGUCCAUAGCCUUGAAGCAGGUGUUCAACAAGGACAAGACCUUCCGGCCCAAGAGGAAAUUUGAACCCGGCACACAGAGGUUUGAGCUCCACAAACGGGCUCAGGCGUCCCUCAACUCAGGCGUGGACCUGAAGGCGGCCGUGCAGCUGCCCAGUGGGGAGGACCAGAACGACUGGGUGGCGGUGCACGUGGUGGACUUCUUCAAUAGGAUCAACCUCAUCUAUGGCACCAUCUGUGAGUUCUGUACCGAGCAGACCUGCCCUGUGAUGUCAGGGGGCCCCAAAUAUGAGUAUCGCUGGCAGGAUGACCUCAAGUACAAGAAGCCAACUGCCCUGCCAGCUCCCCAGUACAUGAACCUCCUUAUGGAUUGGAUCGAGGUCCAGAUCAACAAUGAGGACAUAUUUCCAACAUGCGUGGGUGUUCCCUUCCCAAAGAACUUCCUUCAGAUCUGCAAGAAGAUCCUGUGUCGCCUUUUCCGAGUCUUUGUCCACGUCUACAUCCACCACUUUGACCGGGUCAUUGUGAUGGGCGCGGAGGCCCAUGUCAACACCUGCUACAAGCACUUCUAUUACUUCGUCACAGAGAUGAACCUCAUAGACCGCAAGGAGCUAGAGCCUUUGUUUCCUUGACUUGCGGCCAAAUGGCUUGGACAUGGGCACAGGCGUUGAAGAAGAAAGAGAGAGCUUCAGCCUGUGAGUCUGGCAGUUCGGCCUUCCCUACAAUGAUGUUUCCACUAUUAAUGCUACGCCAGUAGUUGUCCGCCCCUGAGCAAGGCAUGUGAUCUCUGUGGGCCUCAGUUUUCCCAGAUGUAAAAGACACCAUAUCAAGAGUCUCCCCCAGCUUGAGUACGGUGAUUAUGAUCUUUGACAUGGCAUGUCCCAGCCUUGUCAUCUUUGGUCCAGGCUGGCAUCUUCUUGCUUAGUGGGGCGUUCAUGAGUUAAAGCCCAUCAUGCCAGCAGAGGGGGGUACACCCGGCCCAAAGAACAGCUGGAGUUUGCAUUCCUGAGACUUUGUCAUUUUAGAUGACAUGCUGUGUGUAUGUGUGUGUGUCCAUUGUGGCAUCAGCUGGUGGUGGUAGUACAGGGCAACCUUAAUGCCCAGAGCUGAGUGGAUGUGCCAGCCUGAGAACAUUUUAAGAGCCUUGGCAAACAUACUGUAAAGUGGCAGUUUGAAAAACAAAGAAAUGUGGGACUAAUUUCAAUGAACUACAUUGUACUGAGUUACUGGGAAUGUGGCAAAAUCAGCUACAUGUCUUUGUCAGUUUUAUUUAUUCAUCCUUUGCUGAUAUCCAGAGACUUUUGCUUCUGGUCUGUGGGCUGAUGACUGGUUUUAGUUUUUUGGGUUUUUUUUUUUUUUUCUUUUUUUGGUUGGGUCAGGGGACAUGUGGUCUGGUUUAUUUCAGGGCCUAAAAUGUGAUCAAUUAUAGCUGAAGAUGAUGCCCAUGGGAAAAUUGUCAGCAUGUAAUACUGAGUAACAAAAACAAGAUUCAAAAUGUAUUGGAAAAUCACUCUAAUCCUGUAUCUACUAGUAUGUCCUUUAGAAGCAUCUAAUCAUAGAUGAGGAAGGAAAUAUGGCGACAAGUGUCCAGGGUAGUUCUCUCUUGGUGGAAAUAUGGGUAAUGCUUCAUAUAUAUAUAUAUGUGUGUGUGGAUUAUAUAUAUAUUCACAUAUAUAUAUAUAUAUAUAUAUAUAUGGAUUAUAUAUAGAUAAUUAUUUGGUCUUUUCAAGUUUUCUAUCACAAACAUGUAUGACUUUUAUGAGAAGCAGAAAAAUCAAAUCUUUUGCUUUCAAAGGCCUUACCAACAAAGACCAAAGCUGCACAUGGUGGCCUGUGUGCCCAGGACCAGGGGUUCUGAAUGUCCUCUCUGCUCUCUCUGGCCAUACCCUCUGCUGCCCCCUCACAGAGCUGCCAUGGCAGUGAUGCUUGAAGGAGCAAGCUGGUGGUGGUGCGGGUCACUUUGUGAUUGUAGUUGAAGGUGGACUACAUACAGUCUCCUUGAACUAAACAAUUAAGCUUUCCCUGGAGAUGGAGUGGUCCCUCCUGGAGUAGGGAGUUAAGCAACUUUGUAAACAUUGAGGUAAUGUUUAUCUUUACACUAUGUACACAUUUUCCUUUUGAAGCCCCAGUUUGAAGGGGAAAGAUCUCGGUGAAUCUAAAGCACAUGGUGAAGACUGCAGAUAUACCCACAUAUAACAUGCCUGCGGUGAAGGCUGCAGAUAUACUCACAUAUAACACGCCCAGCCCUGCGGGCACCUCAUGGCACAGGGUUCCAUGAUCUUGAUGAAAGGUUUUGGUUGGAGUUUUCUCCAUCCAGAUUCCUCUACUCAACUAGAUCUGAAAAGACUUUUGAGGUGUUUUUUUUUUAAUUUCAGGUUUUAAGAGAACAAAAGCGGGGGGCACCUGGGUGGCUCAGUCAGUUGAGUGUCCAACGUCAGCUCAGGUCAUGAUCUCACAGUUCCUGAGUUUGAGCCCCACAACGGGUUCUCUGCUGUCAGUGCGGGGCCCACUUCAGAUCCUCUGUCUCCCUCUCUCUGCCCCUUCCCUGCUUGCUCUCUCUCCAAAAUAAAAUAAAAAUAAACAAAAAUAAAAGAUAACAAAAGGGAUUCAUUGAAAAGAGAUUAAUCUAGACCAUGGAAUGGUCGAUAUGCACAUUAUUAAACUUAAGCAUAUGUGUAUGUACAAUAACUACAAAUAAUUUUUAGCUGAAAUUAUCAUGUGGACUUAGAGUUAAUUCCAAACCCUUCUUACUAAAAUAUUAGCAAAGCCUGAAAUCAGAAGUAACUAGGGAAGUAACUAAAUAACCAAGACCACCCUGGUCUCAAUCAGACUCUUGUAUUAUCUUCCCCCGCCCCCCUCAGGACCAUUCUCUUCUCCUAUCCCCAGGAACCCAUGCCCCAUCUUGUUUUACACCACCCUGUAUCUCUGGUUUGAUUCUUUUUUAUGGAAAUUGAUAUUCCAAUCACAAUGAAUUAAUCUUAAAAUGCUGUUAGUAUAUUUCCAGGGGUACCUGGCUGGCUUAGUUAGUAGAGCAUACAACUCUUGAUCUCUGAUGAGUUUGAACCCCAUGUUGGGCAUAGAGAUUACUAAAAAGUUUUUAAAUAUAUGUAUUUCCAUAGCUGUUGUUAUUCCUGUUCCAGUUUUCCAUUACAUACUUCUGUGUCAUGCUUACAUGUCAGAUUAUCUUCCAGUUCUGUAAGUAUGCCCACUACAGCAGCCUAAGAAUGCCUAGGCUUACAGAGCACACACUGGCUCAUCUCUUUACCUUGGCUGAGUAGGCAUGGUUACAGACUGCCUCUGAGUUUUAAUGGAAGAGAGUCAUUUCUAGACCAUUCAGUAAACACUUAUUACUUGCUGAAUAUGUGCUGAAAAUCAGGGUCCCUGCUUUGAAGGGGUUCACUGGAAGAUCCCCUCCUACUCUGUCAUUAAUGUAACAUAUCCCAAAGUAUUCUUCCCCAAAUCUGCUAGUUCUAAGGGAUGUCAGAAGGUGUUAUGUGAAAGGGAGUUCCAUGGUCACAUAACUUGGGAAACAGUGAGUUAAUAAAGCUGUUCUGGGGCGGGGAGCACCUAGGUAGCUCAGUCGGCUGAGCGUCCGACUUCGGCUCAGGUCAUGGUCUCGUGGUUCGUGGGUUCGAGCCCCACGUCAGCUCUGUGCUAACAGACAACUCAGAGCCUGGAGCCUGCUUCAGAUUCUGUGUCUCCCUCUCUCUCCACCUCUCCUGCUCAUGCUCUGUCUCUCUGUGUCUCUCAAGAAUAAAUAAAUGUGAAAGGAAGGAAGGAAGGAAGGAAGGAAGGAAGGAAGGAAGGAAGGAAGGAAGCUAGCUAGCUAGCUGUUUUGGGGUCCUUAAUACCCUAACAUGAAUCCUAACCUUCCAGCUAAAGCACACAAUGUGCAGAUUUAUUUGAUCAGGGAAUCCUCUCGCUACAGAGAGUUUUGUGUUUCUAAAGCUUUGAAAUACCCUUUGGGAAAUACUAACUACUCAGUCUUCUGUAAUCUACUUUCUGUAUUAUGAGCUCAGUUCUCUUCUGGCUGCUGAGUAUCUGUUAAUAGACAUUUUUUGAAAACCUAUAUCGCAGACACUGUGCUGAGUGCCAGUCAUAUAAGAUGCAUCUCCAUUUUAAAGAAUGAUUUUAUUUUCCUAAAGUUUAUUUUUUUGAGAGAGAGAGUGUCAGGGGGAGGGGGAAGGGGGCAGAGAGAGAGAAUGAGAGAGGGAAUCCCAAGCAGGCUCCACACUGUCAGCACAGAGCCUGACUCAGGGCUUGAUCUCACAAACGGUGAGAUCAUGACCUGAGCUGAAAUCAGGAGUCAGAUGCUUAACUGACUGAGCCACCCAGGGGCCCCAAGAAACUCAUGCUUUUAAAGAAUCCUACCCUUUAAUCCAUUACUUAGAGCCGUACCAUCCAAUACAGAAGCCACUAACUACUUGUGGCUACUUAAAGUUAAAUUAAUUAAAAUUGAACUAAAAUGAAAAUUAGUUUCUUAAUCUUACUAACCACGUUUCAAGUGCUCAAAAGCCACAUGUGUCUAGUGGCUAUUGUAUAGUGCAGAUAGUAAACCUUUCCAUCAUCAUGGAACCUUCUGUUGGACACCACUGAGGUAGAGGGUUUAUCUUCAAGAAUUCCUUCCUACAAUACACUGUUAAUACCCUGUCCCACCACCAGUGGCUGCCAAAUAUGUUUAAAAUUGUCCCUAGGAUGCCUCAGUAAGACAUUGGCAUUUAGCUCCUCGCAUGGUCUGUCUCUUUUUGCUAGGCCACUCCUCUCCUACCUAGUUAACAGAUGAAAGAUAGAUAAAACUCGAAAUCAUAUGUUUAGUGUUGCUCCCUCGGUGCAAUGUCAGAUCCUCCACCUCAGAGAGCAGCUCCAUACCUCGGGACUGCUGUUGGUCUCUGGGGCACCAAAUCAUAAUUAUACUUCAUUGUGUCUGCGGUAUUGGAAAUUGCUACAGAAUGUCAGUCACAGUAGGAAUUAAUUCAUCUCCACGAGCGUUUAUAUGAAGAUGUGAAUAGUCAGUAUGGCUUGAUGCCCAUAGAUAAGCCUGCCAAAUUUUGGCUGCUCUGUGUGGUCUAGACUAGUUCAAAUUUCCCAGCCAGAUAAAACUAGAUUCUUUGGCUCCAAAAGAUGUCAAAUGAGUAUUGGUAUUUGAAUGCGGGAAGGUUUUAUUUAUUGAAAUAUAACAGUAUGUCUUCUCUCACCACCCACCUGCUCCAUCCACCCCAUAAAAGCAUGAGGAUAAGAGUAUGGCAGUCCCUAUCCUAGGGGCUUGUGUGGUCUUAGGAACACCUCUUCCCAUGAAAUAAUUUUAUGCAUAAAGUUCAGAUAUAUAGGCCACCAACAAAGCCAGUUAGGCCAUAGUGUAGUACUAGAACAUACUACGAAUCAAUAUUAGUUCCAUGAUGUUAGUGGUAACGGAUUCCUAUGACAUUGUGAAUGUGAGUGUACCUGGAAUAAUAAAUAAAAAAUAAAUGCAUACAGGUAGGUCUGGAUUGAAAAAAAAAGAGAGAAAUACAGACUACUCGAAAGGGAACUUCCUAGAGUUCCUUGAACGGGCCUUGGCUUCUCACCACCAGGCCAGAGAUCCAUGUGAGCCCUUGAU